CCUUGGUCCUAGCUGCUUGCAGGGAAGCAGUGAGGCCGGGCCUCACCCUCUUCUCCUCAUCCCUUCUUCCUGCUCUCCCCACUCCAGGCUGGCAGUCCUCUGCUCCAAAUCAACGCCUCCCAGCCCUGCUCUGCUCUGGCUCCUGGAGGACAGCAGGACUCCAGGGAAGAAGCAUUAGAGAAGCUGCUGAGAAGACAGCUGAAACCAGUUUCUAGUAGAAUGGCCCAAAACACCGUGACUGUGAACGGAGUCAAUGUGGCCUCUACAUCGUCUCCGCCCACUCACAUCAACAUCCACAUCUACCAGGAGUCAGCUUUGGCACAGCUGCUGAAGGCAGCGGGUUCCCUGAAGCAGUUUCUUUCUCAGCCUCGGGACACUGGGCCUUCCAAGGCCAGAACAAGCAAUGGGCAGCUGGUUCUAGGGGUGAUGCAGAUAGUGCUGGGGGUUGUGAGCUGUGCUCUUGGAGUGAGUCUCUGCUUUGGGCCUAGGACUGAGCUGCGUGCCUUGGGCUGUGCCUUCUGGGCUGGGUCUGUGGCAAUCGCAGCAGGAGCAGGGGCUAUUGUCCAUGAGAAACGCCGGGGGAAACUUUCAGGCUGUGUGUCAGGUCUGCUCACUCUGGCUGGCAUUGUUGCUGCUGUGGCUGCAGUUGUCUUUUCUGUGAGGAGCUUAAUCUGGCAAAACGACGAUUUAAACUAUGCGCAAUUCAUCUCCGUGUGUGGUAGUUUAGGCCCUGUUGCCGCAAGCACUGAGUACAGAUGGAGGAAUGACUACUCAGGCUGGAGCAGAGAGAACUGCAGACACUAUAUGAGAAUGACCCUGAAUCUCUUCAUGGGAUUCUGUAUCCUGCUCAUAGUGAUCUGUAUCCUGAAUAUCACUGUGUCUCUGGCCUCCCUGGGAUUGCAUCUUCGAAGCAUGUGUGGUCAGAACUCCCAGAUCCUGGUUGAGAGAGAGUCAGAGCAGAAGCUUCUGGGGGUGAAUUCAGAGACUCCUCCCACUUCCAAAGAGGAGACCUUGACUGUCAUCAACCUAUGAGCAGCUGAAGACCCUGCCUAGGUUCCUGAAUGUUCUGUCAGAGCAGCCUAGAGCCCACGGGGAUGACAGGAACGGUCCCCAGAACUCCCCCUGGCCCUACGCCUCAUGCUCGCCUUUGCCACAGCAACUGUUUGUCCUCUUUUCUCUCUCCCUGCCCUCACCCACCAUUCCCUCUCCAGUGCCCUCUGUUCCAGAAGAGAUACUGUCACAUUUUCCACAAAGUUAAUUAAACAGAAAAAAAAAAAGGAAGAUAA